AUGGUGAUGGUACUGCUGGUGAUCAUUAUAAGUGAUGAUGAUAUUGCUGGUGAUAAUAAUGAUGAUGGUACUGCUAGUGAUUAUAGUGAUGAUGGUAAUGCUAGUGAUCAUAAUGAUGAUGCUAUUGAUGGUGAUCAUUAUGAUGAUGGUACUGCUGAUGAUCAUAAUGAUGAUGGUACUGCUGGUGAUCAUAAUAAUGAUGGUACUGCUGGUGAUCAUUAUGAUGAUGGUAAUGCUGAUGAUCAUAAUAAUGAUGGUACUGCUGGUGAUCAUAAUAAUGAUGGUACUGCUGGUGAUCAUAAUGGUGAUGGUACUGCUGGUGAUCAUAAUGAUGAUGGUACUGCUGAUGAUCAUAAUGGUGAUGGAACUGCUGGUGAUCAUAAUGGUGAUGGAACUGCUGGUGAUCAUAAUGCUGAUGGUACUGCUGGUGAUCAUAAUGCUGAUGGUACUGCUGGUGAUCAUAAUGGUGAUGGUACUGCUGGUGUUCAUUAUAAGUGA